AUGGAACAUGGCGUCGAGCCUAAUGACCUCCGCUGCUCACGGAUUCUCUGGGAACGCUCGCGGCUCAACCCAAGCAUGCUCUACAGCCCCAACCCGCCGCGCCAAUACUCGUUUGAGCACCUUCUGACGCUCCAUCCCGACCCUGCCCAUCCGUUGGGUCUUAAUCGACAUGCCUGCUUCACAGUGUGGCUGUUCCUCACCGCGCUCUUCCGCCACGGCCCGCAAUACUUCCGACAGUUCAUCCCGCUGCUGCAUGAGCCAGAGAGCGUUGAUCAGAUACCUGUGGUGAAGCUCACAUAUCACCCCGUUCGCUGCAUGGAUAUCAACCAGUCGAAGGUUGAUGGGAAUAUUCAGGCCAUUGCUGACCUACUCAAACAGGCAGGGAUGAGGGAGCCGGAUGCGAAGGAGGUAGACGAGCAUGCAGUCGACCUAUCUGAAUACGUCGUGCUUGUUCACGGCGAUCUGGGAACAGCUGAACGCGUACAGGCAAUCCUGAAGUGUCGAAGUAUUGAACAGACUCCCCUCCGCCGCUACCAGUUCGUCAUCUUUGUCCCGGGCAUUUUCCACACGAAGAUGGCCUGUGCAGACGAUAUUUGGCGCAUCUUCAUACAGCCGCCCGACGCUCGUCUUGACGAGAACAGUCUCAUGAAAUUUGUUGGGAGGCUACGUCCGAGGGAAACUGGACAGAUAGGAUCGAAGCCGAAGUUCCGCCAGAUGCACAAAGUGAUCUUGCACACCGGGAUUGUGUUACGGUUGGAUUGUUGGUGUACCGAAGCACGCUUGCAGUACCGUGACAAAGGCGUGCGCAGUCUGGAAGACUUUGCUGCCCAGAAACCAACAUUCGACCAAGUUGUCGCCAUGGCUUACAAUAUGGUUCCGAAGUACAUUGCCGGCGGCGGGCAACAUGACCUCUACGACAUACACCAUUCCAGUACCAGUCUUCGCGAUCAGCAGCACAAGAACAUCAUGAUCAUGCAUCAGUACUUCUCACUGUACGAGGAAUUCUCAUACCGCGCCAAUGCAGGAGACAUCGGAGGAGUCGAAGCUGUCAUGCCAUCUUGGAUUGCACUGUUUAAGGCUACAGGGAAGCAUAAAUACGCCAACUAUAUGGAGAAGUUCUGGACAGAUGUCCAUUUUGUGUAUCCUGAGCAUCUUCGCCAUGCAAUUCGCUACAACAUCCUUGUAAACCCGACGGGGAAGCCACAUGCAUUCCGUGGAGUUGACUGGGUCGUCGAGCUCAUGAAUUUGUUCACAAAGGAUACAUACGGCGGUGAUGGGUCAAAUCAUUCCAAGGAACGGGUAAUCACUGAAUCUCCAAACAUUCUCGUCUACCGAAACUGUGCUCGCAAUGCCGAGCAGAACUUUUAUCUCUCUGGCCUCUCAUCGGCUCAUGGCGAGAAGAACCUUGCAUCGACGUUCAAUGCAUUACUCAAAGACAUGGACGAGAUAGGACCUCAUGAGCAAUGCGCGGGACAAAAGUCAGCCCAUGGUAUUCGAGAUAUGAUUGGCCAGGGAGUUGGGCUUAUGCUCGGUGGAACAAGUGACGUGGACAAGAGUGAUAGUUUGGAACUUGUCGAGGACGCCGGUGUAGACAGAAGUGUAGAUGCAGCGGACCUUGGUCUCGAGUCAUGA